AGGAUGGACGAGCGUCAGAGAGAAAGAGAAGGUAGAGAAGGGGGGUAGCAGGACUUAGCUAACACUAACACUGUCAGCUUGUUUAUCAGAGCCACAGUGCUGUGUUAACGACAUUGAUGCUGCACUUCCAGCAAAAUUAACGGAGUGUUCACCUUAAAGUGUGACUCAACAGACACAUCGUUUAGAGGUAAAAAAAAAAAAAAAAGACAAAAAUGUGUUGUGAGCGGGGAUAGAGAGAAGACAAAAAGGGCAUCUCUGACCGCAGCAGCAGCCACCGCCACCGCUCGUGCUGUAGCCUGUGUGUGGGACGCCGUCAGUUCAGUAGCACAGAGCGAGCUCUGCUGUCGAGCACAACCAGCUGAUUUCUGUCAGUAAAAGCAGCAGAGGGGGAGAAACAGCAGGCUGUCAAAAUGAAAUUCACAGAGCAUCUCUCAGCUCACAUCACGCCGGAGUGGAGGAAACAGUACAUCCAGUAUGAGGCGUUUAAGGAGAUGUUGUAUGCUGCACAGGACCAAGCUCCAUCCGUUGAAGUCACAGACGAUGAUACAGUCAAGAGGUAUUAUGCCAAGUUUGAGGAGAAGUUUUUCCAGACUUGUGAGAAAGAGCUGGCCAAAAUCAAUACCUUCUAUUCUGAAAAGCUGGCCGAGGCUCAGCGACGCUUCGCCACGCUGCAGAAUGAGCUGCAGUCAUCGCUGGAUGCCCAGAGGGAGAGCUCUGCCACCGGGCUGGGCCUCAGAAGAAGGAAAACCGUGUUUGCCCUUUCACAGAAGGAGAGAUGCAAACAUAGAAACAUUAAGGAUCUGCAGCUGGCCUUCUCCGAGUUCUACCUCAGCCUUAUACUGCUGCAGAAUUAUCAGAACUUGAACUUCACAGGAUUCAGGAAGAUUCUCAAGAAGCAUGAUAAGAUUUUGGAAACUUCCAAGGGGGCAGAUUGGAGGGUGGCCCACGUUGAAGUGGCUCCAUUUUAUACAUGCAAGAAGAUCACCCAGCUCAUCUCUGAGACUGAGGCUCUGGUCACAACAGAGCUGGAAGGCGGCGACCGGCAGAAGGCCAUGAAGAGGCUGAGAGUUCCUCCACUGGGAGCUGCACAACCUGCUCCAGCUUGGACCACCUUCAGAGUGGGACUUUACUGUGGAGUAUUCCUCGUCUUGAUUGUCACUGUAGUCAUUACAGGAGCCGUGAAGAUUGGUGGUUCUAAAGUCUGGCCUGUGGUCAGGAUCUACAGAGGAGGCUUCCUGUUAAUAGAGUUUCUCUUCCUUUUAGGGAUCAACACCUAUGGCUGGAGGCAGGCAGGAGUUAAUCAUGUCCUCAUAUUUGAACUUAAUCCCAGAAACAACCUCUCCCACCAACAUCUGUUUGAGAUUGCAGGCCUGUUGGGGGUGCUGUGGUGCGUCAGCUUGCUGUCAAGUCUUUUCUGUGAUGACAUCAGGAUUCCGAUGCAGGCCAACCCUCUGGCUCUUUAUGGGGUCUUCCUCCUGUUUCUCAUCAACCCGUCAAAGACCUGUUACUACAAGUCCCGCUUCUGGCUGCUCAAGCUGCUGUUCAGAGUGGUGACCGCUCCAUUUCAUCAUGUUGGAUUUGCAGACUUCUGGCUGGCUGACCAGUUAAACUCUCUGGUGGUGGUUCUGAUGGAUCUGGAGUACAUGAUCUGUUUCUACAGCUUAGAGCUGGAGUGGACAAAAGAGGAUGGGCUUUAUAGUAACACAGAAAGCGUGUGUAACACCUACUCCUAUGGUGUUCGGGCGGUCAUCAAGUGUCUUCCUGCAUGGUUCCGAUUCGCCCAGUGUCUGCGGCGCUAUCGGGACACCAAGCGGGCCUUUCCUCAUCUGGUUAAUGCUGGGAAGUACUCCACUUCCUUCUUUGUCGUCACUUUCUCCGCCCUGUACAACACACACAAAAACUCCGAACCCGAACACAAAAUCUACCUGUACUUGUACAUUGCCUGUUUAAUUGUAAGCUCUUGUUAUACACUGAUCUGGGAUCUGAAGAUGGACUGGGGCCUGUUUGACCGAAAUGCAGGAGAGAACACUUUCCUACGGGAGGAGAUAGUCUACCCACAGAAGGCCUAUUACUACUGUGCUAUAGUGGAGGAUGUGCUCCUGCGUUUCGCCUGGGUUUUAACAAUCACUCUCACCUUGCUCACCAACUUUGCAGACAUAGCUGACAUUCUAGCUACCCUGCUGGCUCCGCUGGAGGUCUUCAGACGCUUCGUGUGGAAUUUCUUCCGACUUGAGAACGAGCAUCUGAAUAACUGUGGUGAGUUCAGGGCGGUCCGAGACAUCAGUGUGGCCCCUCUCAACGCCGAUGACCAGACGCUGCUGGAGCAGAUGAUGGACCAGGAGGAUGGAGUCAGGAAUCGGCAGGGCAAGAAAAGCUGGAAAAGAAGCUACAGCAUGAGUCUGCGCCGGCCACGGCUGGCCUCACACUCCUGUGACCAAAAACAGAUCAAAGACUCGUGACACCAAAGUUCUGAUCGAUGACACCGAUGAUGACUCCUGACAUCAGGCCACGCCCCUCGCCUGGGUCCAGAAUUUAUUCAAAGGAGGAAACUCCGCCUCCUAAGCUAGAGAUUACCCAGCGAGCGGGCGUUGAGCUCAAGAACAGGACGAGGUUUGACCUCUGAAUCAUUUUCCUAUCCACAAGCCUCUGCUGGGGUUCACAGUUAUUUCAAGGGAAGAAUUGUCAGCGUUUUAAAGCAGCUCUUCGGCUCCUCCACCUUCAAUAAAAACUCUUCCCGACCCAGUGGGGGCAUGAUCCUUCCUGAUGAUUACCCAGCAGUGGACUCCUCAAUUAUCACUCUGAGUGUCCUCAGAGCCUCAGCAAGAACAAUGCAGCUACUGAAAAAGCAAGCGUUGAGAGGGGCCCUCAGUAGCACAGGGGGUUCCUCUGUUCAUUUGGACCAAACAGUGAGAGAGAAUCUCUUCUUCCUCAACAAGAAAACUGAAACGGUCUCUUCCUCUUCCCCUCCAUCAUGAUGCAGUUCUGAUCAACGUAUUGCAAGCCAACCACUCCCCCCGACCCCACCUCGUCUCUAGCUCCUCCCACCUCGUCAUCACAGAGCUGCCUUCUUGCACCUUACAUGCUUUGGAAACACCAACAUGCACUUUGUAGAAAAGGUCAUCCACUAGAGCAGUGAUUUAUUUCAAUGUAUCUGCAUGUAUGAGGAACCCAGGGUGACGAUCAACACACUGACUAUCAUCAAACAUGGUUGUAAUCAUGAGACAAACUCAUUUGGUCAAGUUUGUGAAAAUGUUCAGAAACAAUCAAGCAGAAAAUUAAGUGAAGGUCUGACUGUUUGGAACAGCAGCUGGAAUGAAGUUCCUUAUGAAACAAUGAAGAUCCCACAGCUAACUUCCACUGGAAUGUGUGAAGAAAUACUUUCUGUUAGAAGACAGUUCUCCUGAAUGUGUGUGGGGGUGUGUGUGCCUGUUUGUGUGUGGGCGUGUGUGUGGGUGUGUGACUGAGAGAAAUGCCCAAACACCGCCUGCUAACUCAGUGUCUGUCCUCAGAAAUCCAAACUGAAAAUCUAAGGGCCCAGAACAGGAAGGCUAAUUGUUCUACUGCUAGCACUUGUUUAGCUGAAGUGCAUGAAUGAUGAUGAAGAGGAGAGGUCACCUGUCUGUCCCACACUCAUUUACACUGCCAACAUGAACAUCAUAAGAGUGAAAAGAUAUGUUUGCUGAAGGAUCAUGUGGCAAAUGAAAUCAUCCAGUUUGAAAUCUACCUUAGAACUGGUUCUAGUGGUGAGCUGGUGCUGUUCCAACAUCAGCUCAUUGGGCCCAAAUAAAGUAUUCAAACCCAUUUUACUGUUGAUUCAUACCAAAGUUUUACUUCGCUUACAUUUAGGUACCAAUAAAAUUAGCAAAACGGAUCUCCCUUUAUUUCUAAAGUGAAUUUAAAAGCAUUCUAUUUGAAACAAAAUGCUGUCUAUUAGGCGUGGAGUUAAUACUAUAGUUCUAUCUGUUUUUAAAAGAUUUAAAGCAGUAAUGUGAAGUUUUAAGUCUGUUAAGUUGAGCAGUAAAGCAGUUCUGUUCCAGUCGUUGUAUGCGUGUCUUUCAGGGGUUAAUCUGACUUCUUUUUGUUCACCUUUUAGUGACUGUAGAUGUGAGUGUAAGCAGCACUGUGAUUAAUCACAGGUUAUGCCUGAGGAACACAGGUUGUUGUCUCUGUUAACAAAUGUUCUCCACCUGAACAUUUCUGCUUCAAAAGCAAGAAAUCUGUGUCAGAAUUCUGAUGACUCGUCCACAGGUUCUGCCUCCACUCUUCACAGGUUUUAAGAUGUAAUCACUGACUGAUCUGUUGGUGUUUUAUUACUGAAAAUCCUGGCUUUCUGUGAACAAGUGACCAGUCAACAGUUCUGUAGUAGAAGGAGUUAGCAGACACAUCUUCCAUGAACCAGGGUGUGCUGGACCACACUGGGAACGCCCAGAAUAAGAUGGAAGGUUCUUGGAAGCUAAUCUAUGUUAAAUGUUAACUGAUCUGCCUCCAAUGUGCUGCUGGGAAUCUAUAUAUCUGGUAUACAUUUGGGCUAACAUGCACACUUCCAUCAUAGUUUUCAUUUGAAGCUAGUAUGUUGUCCUAAUGUCACCUGCCAGGCUGUGCAAUUUGAGAUAUUCUUUUUCUUUAAGGCGUCCUGUAAGGAUGAAUGUUUUCUGUUUGUCAGUGAGCAGCAGUGGAAGCUGGUGCAGUGCAUGUUUUUCAUGUGUUUGUAGCUCAUAUCUGUGCAGCCGUGUCGUCAUCACCAAGCCUUUGUUUGGACACAAUAGAGCAGAACCUUUAGAUUCUGGUAGUACAAAUAGGUUGAUGAUGCUUUGUGUCUAAUGUUGUGGUUUCUACCUGGUUGAACAUUAGAGAGCCACUUGGACUGUUGUCACACUUAGGUUCUUUGCUGGUUGGUUUAACCAAGAGUGCAGAAAGGAAGAUCCAUCCCAUCUUGAUCAGAAGGAAGCUGACAUGUGAGUCGGCUCCUCCUCCUUCUGUUGGCUGGCUGGCUCUGCUGUAGAGAGAGGAUGAGGAGCUCACCUUCAUAUUUUCAGUAGGUACAUUUAGAAAAUCAUCAUGAAAAAUCUCUCUUGAGGGGUUUUGGCUGUUAAUGUCAGAAUUUUGGACCAUAUAAGUGCUGUUUAGUUUUGUGUGUGGACAUUUCCUUGUGUUUUGAUGAGGGAGCAGCUGUAGAGCCAUAAGGUGGAGCCUCAGUGUUUCCCAUCAGGGCCUGAGAUGAGUGGGAAGCGAUUUGAACUCAGGAUAUUUUCAGCAUGUUUGCACCUUCACCUGCUGAUUGUAAAGCAUCGCAGCAGCUUCUGGACUGCCCGUCAGACAUUCCUGCCCCGUCUUGUCAAUUGCACAUUAACUUAAAAUCUUCAUUAUUUUACAAUGAGAAAAUGGACCAAUAAGUUGACUGACCUAAAUUUAUUUAUUCUCACUUUCACUUAAUUGUUUCAGCCUCAUUUAGGCCAUGUUAAAGCUUUUUAACAUUCCAUAGAAAGAUGCAGUCUGUCAAACACAGCAGCCCAUCAUGAGUAAAGAUGCAUAACCCUGGCUCAGACAGAUGACUCAUCCUCCCCUUUUCAUCCUUCCGCUAAAUAUUUCCCAAAGUAAAGCGUCGCCCAUGUCAUCAAAAUCUUUGAAAAUGCUUGUUGUGAUUUUUAUUUCUUUUGUUAGUCUUCAGAUACAGAGUUCACUUAGAUCUUACCAUUUGGUAAAAGCAAUGUUUUCUUAAGUCAUGGGCCAUAACAUAUAUUUUUUAAAUAUUUUUAAUUUAGAAAAGGUGUUAAAGAACCUUGAUUUAAAUAGUGGAAUUUGCAGCACCAAACCCAGGUUCUUUCAGAAUGUCUUAGGAAUGUCAAAGUUGAAGAUCUAAAUCAGGAAUAGCUCACUUUGUACCAACAGAUCCCAACCAACUCCUGACAACGCUCCAGAGGUGACUGGACCAAUCAGAAAGCCGUGCUUUGCUUCUGCUUUCAGGGAACUCUGUGGAGUUUUCUCUGGCCUGUUCUGAUAAAGAGGUCACUGUGUCAAUUACAUGAGUCAUAAACUGCAGAAAGCUGAAGAAUUCAAGUUGCAUGUCUGCAAAAUCCUAAACUGACUUUGGACUGAGCAAUAAGUCAACAGUGUUACAGUGUCAUUUGUUGAGAAACAGUGCUCUGAUUAAUUCAAUGUUCUCUGUAUGCAUCACUCGGCAAUCAGGGUUGCUUCUGAGGUCUAUGCGACUGAACCGACUGCUUCAGGCCAACACCUUCCUCUCUGCUCCAUCUGUCCCUCUUGAAGGUUGUUUCCGCCUAAAGGGGUCGUGAUUUUCCAAAGUGUGACUUUUCCUUGGUUGAUGAACAGACAGUGGCCACAUCAACUAACUGGUGUCUGCUUCCAGGAAAAGUUAUGAUGCUCUUCGUCAGUGGAUGAUGUUACAAACUGAAUGAAAGUUACUGACAGUUUAUAUGUGACACUUAUGACUUUCAAAGAACAGAUGAUUAAAAAAAGUUCAACUUUCGCAUCGAUCAACACUCUGUGACAUUAUCGUGUUUGUUUGUCUCUGCUAACCAGUUUUUGAAAAGAACACAGAUGACUUUAUCCACACCCUGAUCCUGCUGCGCCACACUCUGGAACUCCUGAUUACAUCUUAUGUAUGUAUAUAUAUAUAAUUAUGAAAUGAUUGAGAAGCGUAUAAUCAAUGACUGUGCUAUUGUUGUUGUCUGUAUGUUAGCAGUGUGAUGAUACAGAGGUGCCUGGUUCACCAAACUGUUCCAAUUUUGUAGUAAAAAUGGCUAAAGCUG